AGGUCUACAAGGCAUAGAGAGACAGUGACAGGAAUUGAGCUUCAGAAGGAGGUUAAAGGGUGUUGGCGGGGAGAGGGGCAGAGAGGAGAUCUCGCCGGGAGAAUGCCCUUCAGUGGGAGGAGCCAGGCUUGCGGGGUUGAGAGCUAGGGGCUCCUCCAGCUUCCAGUUUCCUCCGCACCGUCUGUCCCAAAGGGGUCGUCGGGAGUAUGUGAAGUGCGGGGCGCGAGGCUGGCCUCGAGUAGGCCGUCAACCGAGAGUGGUCAAGUGGAGGGCUGGGCGACACAGGAAUGAUGCAACCAGAGAGAAGCUUCCAGGGUUUUGGCUCUAGAUUUAGGCAGAAUUCUUUCCCAUAUGAUGUGAAGCGAGAUGUGUACAAUGAGGAGAACUUCCAACAGGAGCACAGAAGGAAGACUGCUUCCUCUGGAAACGUGGACAUUGACAUCACCACCUUCAGUCACCAUGUCCAGUGCAGCUGCUCAUGGCACAAGUUCCGAAGAUGCAUGCUUACGGUUUUUCCCUUCCUAGAGUGGAUGUGUUUUUAUCGUUUCAAGGACUGGCUUCUUGGAGACUUACUUGCUGGUAUAAGUGUUGGCCUUGUGCAACUUCCCCAAGGUUCCUUCUUCCUUGUGAGUGCUCUGAUGAUCAAUGUCCUCAGGAUAUACCCAUUCAACAGUGGCCGCCUAGUGCUGGGAACUUUCAUCAGGGACGAUUUUUCUAACUUAUCCUUCUUUGAGGGCUAUAACAAGUCCUUGAGUGUGGUGGCGUCUACGACUUUGCUGACUGGGAUUAUUCAGCUAUCAAUGGGCAUGUUAGGUUUUGGCUUCAUUGUCACUUACCUUCCGGAGGCUGUAAUCAGUGCUUACCUGGCUGCCACGGCGCUACACAUUAUGCUGUCUCAGUUGACUUGCAUCUUCGGGAUUAUGAUUAGUUUCAAUUCUGGUCCCGUCUCCUUUGUCUAUAACAUUAUUAACUACUGCAUAGGUCUCCCAAAAGCUAAUUCCACCAGCAUCCUACUAUUUCUAACUGCUGUUGUUGCUCUGAGAAUCAACCGAUGUAUCAGAAUUUCUGUCAAUCAGUACCCCAUCGAGUUUCCUAUGGAAGUUUUUCUGAUCCUUGGCUUCACUGCAUUUGCAAGCAAGAUAAACAUGGCCACAGAAAACAGCAAGAUGCUCAUUGAUAUGAUUCCUUAUAGCUUCCUGUUUCCUGAAACACCAGAUUUGAGCAUGCUUACUGCAGUUAUAUUAGAAUCUUUCUCCUUAGCCGUGGUGAGCUCAUCUCUGCUCGUAUUUCUGGGCAGGAAGAUUGCCAUCUUCCAUAACUACGACGUCAAUUCCAACCAGGAUUUAAUAGCCAUUGGCCUUUGCAAUGUCGUCAGUUCAUUUUUCAGAUCGUAUGUGUUUACUGGUGCUGUUAUCAGGACUGUUAUCCAGGAUAAAUCUGGAGGAAGACAACAGUUUGCAUCUCUGGUAGGCGCAGGUGUGAUGCUGCUCCUGAUGGUGAAGGUGGGACGCUUCUUCUAUGAGCUGCCAAAUGCUGUGCUGGCUGGUAUUGUUCUGAGCAACGCCCUACCGUACCUUGAAACUGUUUACAACCUACCAAAUCUGUGGAGGCAGAACCAAUAUGACUGUAUUGCUUGGAUGGUGACAUUCAUAUCUGCAAUUUUCCUGGGACUGGACGUUGGACUACUGGUUUCAGUAGCUUUUACCUUCUUCAUCAUCACUGUUCAGUCACACAGGUACUUUGUCUCAAGUAAUAGGAAGUUGGCCAUAGCAAGGCAAGGCAACUUUGACCUAAAGGCAAAUGCAUUUACUUUCAGAACUAAGAUUCUCCUCCUGGGUCAGAUCCCCAACACCAAUAUUUAUAGAAGCAUCCAUGAUUAUCGAGAGGUUACAAACAUUCCUGGGGUGAAGAUCUUCCAGUGCUGCAACUCCAUUACAUUUGUAAACGUUUACUACCUAAAGCACAAGUUGUUAAGUGAGAUUGAAAUGGUAAGAGUGCCUCUUACAGAAGAAGAAGUUUACGCCCUGUUUAGUCAAAGUGAAGAUGGCUCACAGCAACAGAAGAUUUGUCGAUGUUUCUGCAACUGUGAUGAACUGGAGCCACGGCCCAGGGUUGUUUACACAGAACGAUUUGAAAGUAAACGAGACAAGUACUCAUCCUCCAUUAACCUGAUCCGCUGCUCACGUUUUGAGAGCAUGAACACAAGCCAAAGUAUGUGUGAUGAACAAGUACCGUACACAACAUCUUCCAUAUCUCAGGAAAACCCAACACCAAACUAUGAGGAUGUGGAGAAAGUUUGGCUUUCUGAUAAUUCCUCCAGACUCUUCUCAACACUCCCUGAAGCUUCCGAAUCUCAGGUCAGGGAUAGACCACCCAUGCCUUACUCGGCCUCAUCUCUUCAACCCCUCAUCCACACCAUCAUCCUGGACUUCUCCAUGGUCCAUUUGGUGGAUUCACAAGCUUCGGUCGUAUUAAGACAGAUGUGCAAUGCUUUCCAAAAUGCCAACAUCUUGGUGCUCAUUGCAGGAUGUCACUCUUCUGUGGUCAGGGCAUUUGAGAAGAAUGAUUUCUUUGACGCUAGCAUCACCAAGGCCCAGCUGUUCCUCACCCUCCACGACGCUGUGCUAUUUGCUUUGUCAAGGAAGUUGCCAGAGCCCUCUGAGUUAAGCAUGGAUGAAUCUGAGACAGUGAUACAAGAAACCCACUCAGAAACAGACAAGAAUGGAGAAUCAAGGCAUAAAAUGAGCAGCAGUUUUAUCGAAACCCCCAAAAAUAAAAGUCCAGGCUUCUCUACACUCCAGGAUCCAGUAAGAGAGGAGGAAUCAGAGCUAGACUUGGAGCUGGAUCGCAUUCUGGAGUCAGAACAAGAGCCUGGGCUAGAUCUGGACCUAGACCUGGAUCACGAGAUGGAGCCUGAGUCAGAGCUGGAGCCUGAAUCUGAGAUGGAUCCAGAGACUGAGCCGGAACCUGAGCUCGAAUCCAGGCCAAGGGCUCAGACUUACCCUCAGCAGCAGUACUGGCCUCUGUAUCAGUCUUUGGCUCCCAACUCCGCACCUCAGACUUAGCCUAGGACACAGUCAGAAGACACAUCAGCAUAUGAAUUCGUAGACAUCCAAGGGCAAACCACUGAGGAUCCCUUGGAGAUGAACUAGGAGUAAGGGCUCAGAUUCCCUUGGCAAAUCCUCCCCACCCACUUAGUCUGGAGACCUCAACUAGUUACAACUAGUAGGACUUGCUUUGGGAUUCUUCCACCUGCUGGCCUUCUUCUGCUCAGCACUGGGAUCCCACUCCCAGAUCACAAUACUCAGCACGAAGAAUUGUCUCUGAAUUCCUUAUCCAGGCUCACUUCAUUUCACUUUCAGCAGGUAUUGCAGUGAAGGAUUUCCUUCUUCACACACCACACUUCUUUUGUUUUUUUUUUUUAGACCAUCUCUCACUUACUGCUGUCAUCUCUGUUCCCCCUUCUACAAAGAGAUGAGGCUCAAAUAAAAUAUAUAACUCUAGUUACAUUUGGACCCUUCCUGCUUCUUCUCCCUUCUUUGCAUUCUGCAGGGAAAUGUCAGGUGGGAGAAAUUCCAGAAGUAGGUAGACAUGGUGGGAAAGAGAUGAGCAAGACAAAAAAAAAAACCAGAUAGCAUUUGUAUUUUAUCUGCAAGUUAUCUUCACUGCAUUGACACAGCGGGAAAUAGGGGUAAAUAGGCAGGUGAAGUUAGAUCAGCCUGUGAGGCUUGUAGUACAAAGAAGUGUUAGGCUGAAAGCACUUUUGCCAUCACUCCAAGGUCAGGAUCUUAUCCUGCCACUGUUUCAGAAGACCAAUAAGCUGUACCAACCAAUGAGACUUGUUAGCUCUAAAGAAUUCUCCUUGGCCUUCAGAUUCACAAUAGCCAUCUUCUUUCUUAUAGGUUUUUAAGAUAUGGGUAAUCUAGAAUCUGUACUCUUGGUAGACCAAACUUAGUUAAAAAUCUGUGACAGACACAAAACCCUUAGGAGUCAAAGAGGUCAGUCAUUACUGGUUUGGUCCAAAUCCAUUUUUUAAAUUUUCCUCUUAUCCAUUAAAAAGUAUCUAGUAUUAAGGUACAAUCUGAAGAGAAAAUAAACCCCUGGGCAAAAGUAUAUGGAAUCCUGAACUUUAUUUCCCACUUAGUAAACAAGAUUCCUCUUGCCUGGGCAAUCAAUUUCUCUCAUCUGUUAGAUGAAAGAAAUCCUUGUUAAAAUAUAAAUAUCUCUUAUCACAGAGAUAGUGUGUGCAUUCAAUCACUCUCCAUUUACUAAGUGACUGCUACAUAUGUAGCACUUGGGUUGCUUCCAGUUUUGGGCUGUUACAAGUAAGGACGCUAUGAAAGCAA